ACGCUGUGGGCGUGACCAACUCUGGGCGGAGGAGGCUGGGCCGAAACAGCGGAGUUGAGCCUGCCUCUCCUGAUUGAUCCCGCGGCCGAAGCGUUGAUAGAAAGUUGCUCGAGAGAACGAUUCGGAAACAUGUCCGACGACGAGCAGCAAGAGCAGACCAUCGCCGAGGACUUGGUUGUUACCAAGUAUAAAAUGGGCGGCGACAUCGCCAACCAGGUCUUGCGUGCUGUGGUGGAGGCAGCCGAGGCUGGGGUGUCCGUGCUCAGUUUGUGCGAGAAGGGAGACUCCCUCAUCAUGGCUGAGACCGGGAAGGUCUUUAAGAAGGAGAAAGAGAUGAAGAAAGGCAUCGCCUUCCCCACCAGCGUGUCUGUCAAUAACUCUGUAUGCCACUUCUCCCCUUUGAAGAGCGAUCCUGACUACGUGCUGAAGGAUGGAGACUUGGUCAAAAUCGACCUCGGGGUCCACGUUGAUGGAUUUAUCUCUAAUGUGGCUCACAGUUUCGUUGUUGGGGUGACCAAGGAGGCCCCAAUUACAGGCCGAAAAGCUGAUGUGAUCAAGGCAGCCUACCUCUGCGCAGAGGCUGCACUGCGCCUGGUCAAACCUGGAAACCAGAACACACAGGUGACUGAGGCCUGGAACAAGAUCGCCCAGUCCUUCAAGUGCACCCCCAUCGAAGGAAUGCUGUCCCAUCAGCUCAAGCAGCAUGUUAUCGACGGCGAGAAAACCAUUAUUCAGAAUCCUACAGACCAACAAAGAAAGGACCACGAGAAGGCGGAGUUUGAGGUCCAUGAAGUAUAUGCUAUCGACGUCCUGAUUAGCACCGGCGAGGGGAAGGCACGGGACGGCGGGCAGCGAACCACCAUCUACAAGCGCGACCCCACCAAGCAGUAUGGGCUGAAGAUGAAGACGUCUCGCGUGUUCUUCAGCGAGGUGGAGCGCCGGUUCGACGCCAUGCCCUUCACUCUCCGGGCGUUUGAGGAUGAGGGCAAGGCCAGGCUGGGUGUGGUGGAGUGUGCCAAGCAUGAACUUCUGCAGCCCUUUAACGUGCUCCAUGAGAAGGAAGGAGAGUACGUGGCCCAGUUCAAGUUCACGGUGCUUCUGAUGGCCAACGGGCCCCUGAGGAUCACCAGUGGGCCCUUCGAACCCGAGCUCUACAAGUCUGAGCACGAGGUCCAGGACCCAGACCUGAAGGCCUUGCUGCAGAGCUCGGCCAGUCGCAAGACGCAGAAGAAGAAGAAAAAGAAGGCUUCCAAGAACGCAGAGAAUGCUACCGGACAACCGGCUGAGGAGAACGAGGCUGCGUAAUCCACUGUGCCUCGCUCGCUCCCCUCACACACAGACACACGCAUACUUUCCAAAGAACUGAGAAAUCCUGUCUGCCCCAUUGCAAAGUUCUUUAACCCUAUUGCAUUAUAUUUGUUAGCCACCGCUACAUAAUUAAGCUUGAGACAGUUUGAGUUUUCCUAAAAUGUUCUUAAGCCUCUGACAUCAUUUUUCCUAAUCAGAUUUUAUCAAUAAAACGGAUUUAAAUUACAUUGCUAUAUAUUUUUUUUUUUGGUCCAUAAAAACCUUCCAUGUCGCUGCUUCGCCUCCUUGAUAAAGCAAUGCUUUUGGAGUGAAUAACAGUGUAAUUGAACAGCAAAACCUAAAUUUUUUUUUUUUUAAGAAGAAAAAAAAAACUAAACUUUUACAAGUUCAACCCUAUGCCAUAAGUGCUUGAAUUUAACUUGAUGACUGAAACAAUUUAUAAUCCAGAAAAAAGACUAGUAAUGUAAGACUUAUGGAGAGCAGAUGUCUCUAGCUUGUAAAAUUAUGUUGCGGAAGGUGGCCCAUGGCAUUUCGGGCAUUGUGAUGCUGAAAUUAAUUGCCCUUACCCAAGACAACCACAGCAGCACGGAACCUUUGAAGGUGAACUACACAACGGGACUGUGACUUACUGCCAUCAAACCCCUGACUAGACGUUUCUUUCUGUUGAUUGGGACCCCCCCCCCCCUUUACUGAAACAUGUUGACCAGUAUCUGUCCCCUAUCAUUUUCUUAAAGGAAUACCUCACUUGCAGUCAUUGUCUCUUACAAAUGUAACAAUCAUAAAGCCCCUGACUUUGUGAAAUCCUAUUGUGUUCUCUUUUCUUUGGACAGAAAUACAGCAUUUGUUAAUGACAUGCUCGUUUGCAAAAUGGAUUUUGUUUUAUGCCUUCUUUCCUUUUGGUAAAUUUAUGCGGUUUAUUUGUGUUGUGUCCAGUGUUGUACCACAAACGCAUGUAUUUUCGCUCUAAAAAUCCUAUAACCAGUAAAUAUCAGCCCUGCAAGUGCAUAAUUUGGACAUGCACACUGUUGCUUCAGACCCGUUUUCCACAUCUGUUAUGUAUUAGUUCAUAGGAAUGCCACGGAUUGACAACCCCAGUAUGUAAUUCACAUACAAUUUACUAAAACCGACCAGUGGACAGAAUUGGCGUCACGUAUGUUCAUGCACAUUUUCCAGUAAAGGUGGGGAUUUAUUACCUGUCCUAUAAUGUCCAAGAAGUAUAUGGGAUUAAAUGAAGUAGAAAUAAAAGCAACUGAGAUUUAAGACCGCCUUGAAUGAAAUUCAUGGUGUCUGGAAACGUGCGCAAUUUCUUGGGUGUUUUCUCUUACCUCCGGUUUUUCCGUGUUCUGUAUGGUAGAGCUUAUUUAAUGUCCUCAAAAAAACUAAUUAACAUUUUAUUUUUAUUAGGGGAAGUGGGCUUUGAAGCUGCUGUGUCUUGGAAGAUUUAAAAAAGUAACAACAACCCUAUCUUUGUGUUUUGUUAGUUUUGUAGGUUAUUUUCGGUCUUGACUGACAAUUGGAAAAGUAAUAAACUUUUUAAUAACAAAA